CUGCUCAAAGAGAUUAACCGAACAAGCCGAGGCCUUCGCUUCCGGAGGCAAGCUGAGCCCAAAGCCUACAUCGCGGCCUACUUCAAAGACCUUCCCACCGACUUCACUCUGGGAGACACCAAGAUCUAUGGUGACUUUGAAAACAAGCAGCUCGCCAACGGCCAAGAGUACAUCUUCUUUGUGCUUGCUGUCCUCGAGAUCUCUGAAAAUGUAAGUAUAUGCCUUUUUAUGCUUUUUUCUUAAAAAACCUCUCUCUCUCGAUCUCUCUCAACAUUUGUUUCCUUCUAUUCUCUUAGACACCCCACUCCAUAAAGGAAUUAGUUCAGACAUGCGCUACAGUCAGCCCUCUGGCGAUUUCCUUUUACAGGAAUCUUUUUCCCUUGUGUUUAAAGUUGCAUAUUAAAUGCAAUUGAUUUGGGUCUUUGACGUCUUGGCAGGGGGCACGUCCCUUGGCUGGAUGUGUUACGUCAAGUCCGUUUGAGCCCUGGUACCUGAAAAAGGGCAAGAACAGAGCCUGCUACUGUAAAGGGGAAAUCCCCCAGAGGCUCCAGUCAAUCGCAGAAAUAACUCGAUAACGGGACUCCUCUUUAAUUGCACGCUUACCGUGCGGAUGCCCUUAUCUCCUCCACUGCAGCUAGGGUGUGUGUAUGUGUGUGUGUGUGUGUGUGUGUGUGACAGAGACAGACCGAGAAGGAGUGUGUGUGGAUCAAAGGAGAAAGGGGCAUGAUUAGGGCGGGCGGGCGGACAAAACGGGGGGAAAUCUUUAAUUUGCCCACCACAGCACUGAUUGGCUUUUUCUUGGCCCCAAAGCCCCAGUCUUUAUCUCGUUCCACUCAGAACUACGUAAAUUAACUCAGUCACAAAUGAGAGAUGUUAUGGAUAUUACGACGUGCCCAUAUCGUUUGGAUAGGUGAAUUUGUAAAUUUGCAUUGACACAAUAACUUUGAAUGGGCAAAUCUUAGCCUACUCGGCACAUACAGGUUGUCCUGAUGUCUUUGUGAAAGACUGACGGAAUAUACAUGUACUAGUAGAGGAAAAGUUGAAACUUGGACAAUUUUGAACUUUCGGUGGCCUCACUGAAGGGUUGAGGUCUAUUGAUUGGAGCUCAGCUGUGAGGGUUGACAGAGAUAUGAGAGAGUGCAGGUUGUUUUUCUAGACAGCUACACAGUCAGGAGUAAGAUAUCACUUCAUUUUGAGGAAUGAUAAGGAACCUAGUCUGAACUGGGACCACAAAAUAUGUUUUCAAAUUCAUGGGAGGCAGAGGAAUAGUGACAUUAGAAUCAGCCAAAAAAUAUUUCCUAUCGUAGUCUGGACACCUAACUACAUUGUUGUGAUAAAACAAUUUCCCCUUCUCUACUCUACUCUACACUACCUGCAUGUAGAACUAGCCUACUGCAUGGUUAUUAAAGUAGUUAUUCCACUAGUAGUUACAGUGGUAGUAUAAUGCCUAUGUCAUGUAAAGUGUAGCCUGAGAGGCUCAACAAAAUAACACAGUGAUGACUAAUACAACUCCCCUUCCUCUCCUUCCUAGACCAUGUAUGCCACCAGCCCCUACUCCGACCCUGUUGUGUCAGCGGACCUUGACCCCCAACCAAUCAUUGACGAGGAAGAGGGACUUAUCUGGGUGGUGGGCCCAGUGCUCGCUGUGGUCUUCAUCAUCUGCAUCGUCAUUGCCAUCCUCCUGUACAAGAGGUAAGGACUGGAGAAAGUGAAGCGAGAGAGAGAGAGAGAGAGAGACACUUGCAUCAUCAAAGUCAAAUGAAGCACAUUCAAAUACACUGUCACACAAACAGUCUACAUAUCAGACAGACACACUCAAUCACACACACAGUCACACACAUGCACACAUACACAGAAGAAAUCAGAGCAUGUCUGAACCUCCAGCGGAAGCUGACCGUUCGCCGCCACCGUUCAUCAGUCAAGCGUAGAACCACACACACACACAAGAGAGCCAAGCUCCAGGCCUGCUUGGUGACCCCCUGUUGACCUGGUGCGUUACGAGGACACAUUUCUCUCUAGCUUCUCCCUCUUAUAUUUGACACCUAGAUUGAAUACUGCUUUGGGCCAAGUGAAUCAGUCUCCAUAGCAUCCACAUUGAAUGGCAUUGUAGAGUGUAUUAAUGCAUUACUGGGAGAAUCAGCCUUGAGAGAAGUGAAGCCUGGGCUUAUAGUCUAUCAAUAGGUAUGUUGUCCACUCAAUGUCACCAGUGUGUUUACUAAGUCAAUGUCACCAUCAUGUUUACUAAGUCAAUGUCACCAGUGUGUUUACCAAGUCAAUGUCACCAGUGUGUUUACCAAGUCAAUGUCACCAGUGUGUUUACUAAGUCAAUGUCACCAGUGUGUUUACCAAGUCAAUGUCACCAUCAUGUUUACUAAGUCAACGUCACCAGCGUGUUUACCAAGUCAAUGUCAACAGCGUGUUUACCAAGUCAACGUCACCAGCGUGUUUACCAAGUCAAUGUCACCAGCGUGUUUACUAAGUCAAUGUCACCAGCGUGUCGGGACUUUCCUGAACAUAACCAGGAAAUAUUUAACUUGUUAAGAAACAUUUGUAUGUAAUAUAAUUGGUGGCCAGUGUGAGGAGCAAAGGACAACAUUCAUGUUACUGUGUGUGUUGCGUCAGGGGGAAAGGACGAAAUAAUAGCCCCACAGCAUCGCUGAUUAGCUGUAUAAAUCAGUCACAGCAAGAUACACACCUACAUGCACACUCGGAUACAGGUCACAAACAUUUUUAUGUUAAUUUGAGCUGAAAGUCAAGGUUCCCCGUGUCCCAGUCCCCAUUAUAGAUCACAACGAACGUAAGCGGCUUUUGUUACAACGUUAAGGGGAAAGGCCAUAUAAGCUCAAAUUAUAUUAUCUAGUCUUUUUUGAAUGUAUUUUCUUCAAAACUCCAUGCAAGCACGUUAUUUUGUAUAAUCAGUAAUCAGUAGUAUCACAAUUGUCAUGUGUUGUUGCCUUGAUGUAGUUAUUCUUUAGGAUAGAAACAGAUACACCGAGCCCUUCCAUGCUCGAGUGACAAACAAUCACCUGAAACGACUAAAUAAACGAUACAUCUUUGGAUUGCACCUGGGAUGAAAUCAUAGCAUUUUAAACGACACAUACCCAAGGCGGCAUAAUUGAGCGUGGGGUCGGUAGUGAAGCGACACUAAUCUUGCACGCCAACCAACAUUGAGAUGCGAUUGUUAUCGCCGGGUCAUGUUGACGUGCCAGCUAACAUCCUGUCAUGCUUUAUUUUCCUUGCUUUCGAAUGGAGCAGCAAACCAGACAGGUAAGAGCGAAAGGAUGUGAUAUGGCUGACAAUACCACAACUACCCCUACCUCAACCCUUUUUCUAUUCCUUUGCAGACAUUUCCUACCCUCUAGCUUGUUAGGCAGAGUUCAAUCAUUGCAGAAAGCGAGUUCCCGCAACUGCACUUUUGACCCACCAAAGCACGUUUAAAAGUCAGCUGCUUGCAUUGAUUGAAUUCUGACCUACGUUCCAGAUGAUAGUAUUUGAAUUGACAUCAUAUAUUUGAUCAGCCAGGACAGUUCAUUUUCUAAAAUAUUCUAAGUGUGCUUUCCUUUCUUCCAUUACUCUCACCCUACAUUACAUUACAAAUAUUAAUAGUAUUUUGUAUUUGACGAGAACCCAUAUCAACAUUUCAAUUUUCCAUUGACCAAACAUGUCUAAAUGUCCUGUCUGUCUCAAUACAAAGGGUCAAUUUAUUGAUAAACACAACCCCUAGAAAUCCUUAUUUCUUAGAUUUCUAUUGAAUUCAAUGUCUCACCGCUUGUACGCAAGACACAACUGACUUGCAUGCCUAGAACAGAACCAACAUGCAUUACAAUGCCAAGACUGCUCCCCAUCACUUUCUCCUUAAUUCUCAAAAUGCUAGUUGGCAUGAACAUUGAAUGCCAAUAAUAUAUCACAAAUAGAUAUAUUUCUUCAACAGCAUUACAUCACAGCCAAAUAUACUCACUGGCCGGGAAAGCACUAUACUGUACCGGUAUUGUAACACUUUAACAGCGUUUGCCCAGCUUUCCCCGCACAACUACUCCCAAAUCAUUUCAUUCCAUUUUUAAUUCAGCUUUCAAUUUGAUUAACCCUGUGUUUUUACCAGAUGAGCCCUUGCAUUGCUAGAUGGUUAUUACAUUGUAGGUUAUGGCUAAGGUACACUUUACCGUACUCUCACAAUGCCAUACAUAGACUAUUGUAUGUGUUCAGAUAUCGGUUCAGAUGUACCCAUGCUAUCAUUUUCAGCCUUUUUUUUCAUGCCUGCAUUCUCCACCAAAUGUAGCAAAUUGUAUGACUCAUUCUGUAUGUUCCCAUCUACGUGUGUUCAAACGCAUGCAACGAUGACCUCACACGACCCAUUUCAUCCUUUGUUGUUGUCCUUGACCAUUACACCAUUGACCCCCCCCCCAGGCUAUUUACACAAGCCUUAUUGCUUCCCAUAUAAUGCAAAGGUCACAGGUCAGUGAUUUUACUUAACCCUAAUGAAGAGAGGUUGGAGGUCAGAGGUCAAAUGAUGAUAAACUGUUUUGAAAGGUCACUUCUAGUAUAGUGACAGUCCCCCUUUUACUCUGUACACUUCUCAUUAGACAGAUCAAAUGUCACCGUAUUGAGUCUUUGGGCAGAUCUGUGUCAAAGCUCUUUGUCAGAGACUGCACUGUUUUAUAAAUAAGUGGUCAAAAGUAUUAUAUCCCCUAUGUAGAAGGAUUAUAUUUCAUUGAUGAAAUCUCCCAAUGCCCUGUAGGUUAAUCUCAGGGAUUGUGUGUAUUUAUGGCACCUCUCUAUUCUCUCAUAAGCAUGAUAUGGAAUUUAUUAGACUGCAUUCCCAUUAUCGGAAUGAAUUAAAGAUGCACUAAAGUUCAUCACCAGGCUUUAAACUUUAUGCUUCUUGAAAUGUUAAUCUUAUAAACGUUUAUGAACAUUGAGAUAUAUGUCCCACUAAGAGUAGCAUUCAUCCCCAUGUAUACAAAACAUAACACAAUCUGUCAGAUUAAAGGAGGACACAAACUAUGCUGGAACACAUCAGAUGUAAUUCAUCAUUAAGACAUAUUGUAUAUUGAAAAUGUAUACAUUUUAUUAUAGUGUCAUUUAAUUUUGGGAAAUAUCUUCAACAGGGAUGAAAAUGCACCAAAAAACGAUAGAACACAAAACAUAAUAAAAAAUAAAAAAGUUUUAAAUGUUUUUUCCCCACAGGAAAAGGGCAGAAUCCGAAGCUAGAAAAGGAAGUCUGCCCAACAGCAAGGAGAUUCCAUCUCAUAACCCCACCGACCCUGUGGAGCUUCGACGCAUGAACUUCCAAACGCCUGGUAAGGGAUUUUGUUGUUGUUGUGAAAGCAAACAUAAAUCACACAAACCACUGCAAAGCUUCCUAGAUCCGUAAUCACUCAAUGACUUAAGAAACUACGGACGUCUUAGUCAAAAUAAGAUGUACAGUGGGGAGAACAAGUAUUUGAUACACUGCCGAUUUUGCAGGUUUUCCUACUUACAAAGCAGGUGAGAGACGGAAUCUAAAACAAAAAUACAGAAAAUCACAUUGUAUGAUUUUUAAGUAAUUAAUUUGCAUUUUAUUGCAUGACAUAAGUAUUUGAUACAUCAGAAAAGCAGAACUGAAUAUUUGGUACAGAAACCUUUGUUUGCAAUUACAGAGAUCAUACGUUUCCUGUAGGUCUUGACCAGGUUUGCACACACUGCAGCAGGGAUUUUGGCCCACUCCUCCACACAGACCUUCUCCAGAUCCUUCAGGUUUCGGGGCUGUCGCUGGGCAAUACGGACUUUCAGCUCCCUCCAAAUAUUUUCUAUUGGGUUCAGGUCUGGAGACUGGCUAGGCCACUCCAGGACCUUGAGAUGCUUCUUACGGAGCCACUUCUUAGUUGACUUGGCUGUGUGUUUCGGGUCCUUGUCAUGCUGGAAGACCCAGCCACGACCCAUCUUCAAUGCUCUUACUGAGGGAAGGAGGUUGUUGGCCAAGAUCUCGAAAUACAUGGCCCCAUCCAUCCUCCCAUCAAUACGCUGCAGUCGUCCUGUCCCCUUUACAGAAAAGCAUCCCCAAAGAAUGAUGUUUCCACCUCCAUGCUUCACGGUUGGGAUGGUGUUCUUGGGGUUGUACUCAUCCUUCUUCUUCCUCCAAACACGGCGAGUGGAGUUUAGACCAAAAAGCUCUAUUUUUGUCUCAUCAGACCACAUUACCUUCUCCCAUUCCUCCUCUGGAUCAUCCAGAUGGUCAUUGGCAAACUUCAGACGAGCCUGGACAUGCGCUGGCUUGAGCAGGGGGACCUUGCGUGCGCUGCAGGACUUUAAUCCAUGACGGCGUAGUGUGUUACUAAUGGUUUUCUUUGAGACUGUGGUCCCAGCUCUCUUCAGGUCAUUGACCAGGUCCUGCCGUGUAAAAAUCAUACAAUGUGAUUUUCUGGAUUUGUGUUUUAGAUUCCGUCUCUCACAGUUGAAGUGUACCUAUGAUAAAAAUUACAGACCUUUACAUGCUUUGUAAGUAGGAAAACCUGCAAAAUCGGCAGUGUAUCAAAUACUUGUUCUCCCCACUGUAGUUACUUUAUCUUCACCUGACUUAGUAGGUGAAGCAGCAGAAUUAAUGUAAUAUAUCAAAUCAGGUUUGUUAUCAUUGGGGAAGUGUGUGAAUGUCUUAUGCGUGACCUCUUUAAAAGACACCACCUAAAUGCUAAACCAACACUUCUCACAGAGUUCCCGUGACUAGAACAUUCUGGGGGGUCAUUGUUCAAAGUGUGGCUGGACUUGAGGGAAAAUGGACAGGUGGCGGGGAAAAGAUACACAGGGUCAAAACUGACUGACUCCUCCCCGGAGAUAGAGGUGCUGGAGACAGCAGUGCAAGGCUAACACUUUCAUGGUAGUUAACAUCGUCCUUGUCUUCACGGGUCACCUACAGAUGUAGGAUCUUAAUUUGAGCCAGUUUGCUAUAGCAUGAAAAGAAACCUGCAGCAACAGAAAAUGUGAAUUAUUAUGUGGAUUAUAAUGAAUGGAUAUUUUUUGUAAGGGUUGAUACAUCAUUAGGGCAAAUCAAGACUGACAUUUUAAAGUGGAAAUCUUUUUAAACAUCGAAUACACUACAAAUUUGCAUUUCCUGCUGUGAAGGAAAAUUCUCAGCAACAAAAGACUGAUCAAAUUAAGAACCUACAUCUGUAGGUCGGUGCAGCCUUUGCCAAGCUAACACUAGUCUCCUCAGAGUGACAGUGUAGCAUGUUGGAAGUCACAGGUAGCUGAAACUAUGACACUGUCACUGUGCCAUGUUACAUCCUGUACAUGAGGCAGUGGACAGUGGAGAGAAGAGUGGGCCAGUGACAAGCUGUGAACACAAACGUCCCCUCCCUUUUGACCUUCCCCGGCGAGGUGAACAGCGGUCAUGCCUGUUCAUGUGACCCCUUUUUGUCGCAGAGGGGAAAAAGAUGGCCGCCACAGUUCUUUUGUCCCUUGGAGAGCCAAUGCAUUUUCAAAUUUUUGGAGUGAAGAGACACGCUCAACUUGGUACUGGAGUUCUUCUGGCAGCGAGAGCAGUGGGACAGGUGUUCAGGGACUGCCAAUAAUGUAAUAUCAAAGCCACAUUUUUCAGGUCAGCUCGUAUGAAAAGGGAAUAAAUUAUCCCAGCCGCAGGCAGAUUUUUUAAAGAUUAUGCAUAUUUAUGAAACCCCUACUCUCAAUUACGUUAUAUCCAUUACUGGAAAUGUCAAACUUGGCAAGAGGGGGUGUUUUUUCCCCUCUCAGUUUUCACUUUGAGAAGGGGACUUCAGAGUGAUCUAAACCACCACACUUUUCCCUAUUCCGGAAUCCUCUACAACCAUCUUGAUUAGUCUCGCACACCAUUCUCAUUUUCCAAAGAGCCUCUCGAAGUGACUCUCGACUUGCUCGAGCGGUCCAAACAUCUUUGUCUCCCUCUUUUACAGCUUCCUCUCCAGUGCUGAUUGGUGCUACAUUAGACCACACUUCUCUUCCCUCCCUCCCGCCCUCCCUCCCUCGCUCCCUCCCUCUUUUCAUCCCUCUCUCACCUCGCUACUCCUCAAUGCGCUUUUCCAUCUUGAGGACGCUUGAUGUGUGCAUGGCGCCACGUGGCGAUUGGCAGUUCCAUUGUCAACCGGCGGCUGAAAAUGGGCCUUGAGUGGUAGAGGCUGAUAGAAACAACCUCUUGGAGAAAUAGAGCGAGUGAGCGCGGGAGAAAAGAGGCUCCGCUUUUCCGCUUUUUCCAUUAGCUAAUGCCCACUUGUGUUAUCAGUGUAGAUGAAAAGACCACUGACGUGCCCUCGCAGACACUGUCUCAGGCGGGAGAGUGGGAAAAACGGCACCGUGUCCCGGCUAUUAUGAAACCUCUAUCUGGGACAGGAUGACAGCACUUUGUGCGGAGCCGCCUUCACGAACCCUCCCACCCGGUGGCCAAAAAGUGUCCUGAGUCAACAUUUCGGCAGCUGUGUUUAAGCCUAGACAUACAGUACCAGUCAAAAGUUUGGACACACCUACUCAUUCAAGGGUUUUUCUUUAUUUUUACUAUUUUCUACAUUGUAGAAUAAUAGUGAAGAUAUCAAAACUAUGAAAUAACACACAUGGAAUCAUGUAGUAACCAAUUUCUUUUUAAACAAAUCAAAAAAUAUUUUAUAUUUGUGAUUCUUCAAAUAGCCACCCUUUGCCUUGAUGACAGCUUUGCACACUCUUGGCAUUUUCUCAACCAGCUUCACCUGGAAUGCUUUUCCAACAGUCUUGAAGGAGUUCCCACAUAUGAUGAGCACUUGUUGGCUGCUUUUUCUGCACUCUACCGUCCGACUCAUCUCAAACCAUCUCAAUUGGGUUGAGGUCGGGGGAUUGUGGAGGCCAGGUCCUCUGAUGCAGCACUCCAUCACUCUCCUUCUUGGUAAAAUAGACCUUACACAGCCUGGAGAUGUGUUUGGUCAUUGUCCUGUAGAAAAACAAAUGAUAGUCCCACUAAGCCCAAAUCAGAUGGGAUGGCGUAUCGCUGCAGAAUGCUGUGGUAGCCAUGCUGGUUAAGUGUGCCUUGAAUUCUAAAUAAAUAACAGACAGUGUCACCAGCAAAGCACCCCCACACCAUAACAUCUCCUCCUCCAUGAUUUACGGUGGGAGAUACACAUGCAGAGAUCAUCCGUUCACCUACACCUCGUCUCACAAAGACACAGCGGUUUGAACCAAAAAUCUCCAAUUUGGACUCCAGACCAUAGGACAAAUUUCCACCGGUCUAAUGUCCAUUGCUCGUGUUUCUUGGCCCAGGCAGGUUUCUUCUUAUUGGUGUCCUUUAGUAGUGGUUUCUUUGUAGUAAUUCGACCAUGAAGGCCUGAUUCACACAGUCCCCUCUGAACAGUUGAUGUUGAGAUGUGUCUGUUACUUGAACUCUGUGAAGCAUUUAUUUGGGCUGCAAUUUCUGAGGCUGGUAACUCUAUUGAACUUAUCCUCUGCAGCAGAGGUAACUCUGGGUCUUCCAUUCGUGUGGCGGUCCUCAUGAGAGCCAGUUUCAUCACAGCGCUUGAUGGUUUUUGCGACUGCACUUGAAGAAACUUUCAAAGUUCUUGACAUUUUCCAGAUUGACUGACAUUCAUGUCUUAAAGUAGUGAUGGACUGUCAUUUCUCUUUGCUUAUUUGAGCUGUUCUGGCCAUAAUACGGACUUGGUCUUUUACCAAAUAGGGCUAUCUUCUGUAUACCCCCCUACCUUGUCACAACACAACUGAUUGGCUCAAACGCAUUAAGACGGAAAUAAAUUCCACAAAUUAACUUUUAACAAGGCACACCUGUUAAUUGAAAUGCAUUCCAGGUGACUACCCCAUGAAGCUGGUUGAGAGAAUGCCAAGAGUGUGCAAAGCUGUCAUCUAGGCAAAGGGUGGCUAUUUGAAGAAUCUCAAAUAUAAAAUAUAUUUUUAUUUGUUUAACACUUUUUAGGUUACUACAUGAUUCCAUAUGUGUUAUUUCAUAGUUUUGAUGUCUUCACUAUUAUUCUACAAUGUAGAAAAUAGUAAAAAUAAAGAAAAACCCUUGAAUGAGUAGGUGUGUCCAAACCUUUGACGGGUCGUGUACAUAGUGACUUCGGUCAACCCCACACAACCCCCUUCUCUGCUCUCUUCUCUGUUCUCUUCACAUACCUUCGCCACAAACAACUUAAACAGAAUACAUUGGUAGCCUGUGUGCUAACACUAUUUACAUUCAACAAUGUCAGUUCUACCUUGUCAAAGUAAAGUCCAACAAAAAAUGUUUAUGCAAGGUGAAACUUCCUGCCUGCAGACUUUGUAGGAUGUCUGAUGGUCAGAAUGGAUCUCAUUAUGAUAGGAUUGUGCGAUCGCUUGACUCAGUUCUUGUUUCUCCGGGUCUGUUUUGUUGAGUGUUUUCAUGUCUUUCCCACCGAUUUACGCAUGGUGGCAUAGGCUAGCUUCUAGCAUGUCAAUGUGUGCGUUACUAACAGAUCUAUGUGACAUUUAGAUGAUACAGUGUAUAACUCUAGUUUCCGUCAGUCACCUUCCCCAACGGUUUCUACCCCUUAAACAAAGGAAUCAUCACAUUGCUACGAUCGUCUGCGACAUUUUAUUUAUACCGUCGUUUCCUCCGCAGGUUCAGGUGACCCCGGUUACCCCAGUAACUUCCAUUCGUCAAGUUAGUUGGUCUUGUUUAUGCAUUCACCACAUUCUUUCUUUCUCUCUUUUGUUUUGUUCCGUUAGUUUUUCUCUUCAUCCCCCUCUCCCCCUCCUCCUCCUUUCUACAUAGACACUUGCAGUCAAUCUCACCCCCAUCUAAUCCAUACGUUACUUAUUACCAUGCCAUCCAUCGCAGGAGGCAGAGCAAAAAAAUGACACAUCCUAGUAACAUGUCAUCACUCAAAGCAGAAAACAACAUCUUGGCCUAACUUGGUGAUUUGUUUGUUUGUGGUUUGUUUGUUUGUUUGUGUGAAUGUCUUCCGUCAUGCUAACUCCCGUCGGCCGCUUCGGUGUGAAUAACAUUCUUCUCUCACAGUAGGAAGUGUUACAGGAAGUGAAGUCUGUUCGAUGACUUCUCAUUGGCUUCCUUUCCUGUCCAUAUCUUCCUAUGAGCAUGCCACUGCUUUGAGUGAAAAAAUUGCCUAACAACGAUCCACUUCUCCAUCCCCCUGUUACACACAUGCUGCUUUUCUAAUGAUUCACUGAUUGUAACCGUGGUAGCGACCCCUCACCCCUGGCGACUGACCUCUUCCGUUUGAUUGACAGGCAUGGCCAGCCACCCACCGAUCUCCAUCCUGGACCUGGCCGAUCAUUUGGAGCGCUUGAAAGCCAACGACAACCUGAAGUUUUCACAGGAAUACGAG